ACGGUGAGGGACUGAGCUGAACGUUCAGCAGCAGGCGGAGAGAGAAGAGCUCAACUAGAGAGCGAGCGAUAAACACGAGACGCGAGCGAUAGCUGUAAACCAUUAUUCACCCAGUUGAAUGAAUCUCUGCCCGCAACAAAUUACAGGACCGCGUUUCCUUCGACAAGGAACUUCGUGCUUUUGCUCUGCCCCCCUUCAUAAACGCAGGACGGGUAUAAAAUAUUAGCUUGCAUGAGAAAGGCUCCAAGGAAGAGACCGAGAAAGAGAGACGCAUGAGGAAAGUUUUCCUACGCAAAAACAAACUGGACGGAACUGUGCAGAAAUCGUGACGCAUAAGCCAUGCACUGGUCGUACAGCGUGGGAUAGUUCUUCUGUUGUCGUUCAUUUGAAGGAAAUGCCUUUUUGGUGGCUUUCUUCAACCUCCACCAAAGUUUAACGACAGGAAGGCUUUAUUAUUCUAUUCGACAGAAAGCGCGUAAUUCCGAACGCAACCUUCUUGCGCGCGUUUAGAGCCGCUGUUUUCUCCUGUUGUCAUUUGAUCGUUUCGCUCUUCCACGUCGUUUAGUUUUGGGGGACUGGGGGUGGGUUGGAUAUAUAUUUUUUCACUUUUCCUACAUGGCCUCUUCCAGGAUGUAUCUUCUUGUGAAAUGUAUGCUGAUCUCCCAACUUGUGCUCUUAAUCGCGAGGAACAGUCGAGCACUCAUAUGUCUGCCCUGUGAUAAGUCCAAAUGUGAGGAGCCCAAGCACUGUACCGGUUCGGUGGUGCUGGGAAUCUGCGGCUGCUGUUCGGUUUGCGCCAAGCAGAAAAACGAGAGCUGCGGUGGCGUUUACGGACUGUACGGGACCUGCGACCGGGGGCUCCGGUGCGUGAUUAGACCCCCGCUAAACGGCGGCUCUAUCACGCAGUAUGAGGUCGGAGUUUGUGAAGAUGAAAACUGGGAUGACGACCAGCUCUUGGGCUUUGAGCCAUGCAAUGAAAACCUGGUUACGGGCUGUAACAUCAUUGAUGGGAAGUGUGAAUGUGACAGUGUGCGAACAUGCAACAACCCAUUUGAGUUUGCUAGCCAGGAUGCCUGUCAGACGGCCCUGCAGAAGAUUGAAGAGGAAAGACCAGACUGUUCCAAGGCGAGGUGUGAGGUGCAGUUUUCUCCACGAUGCCCUGAGGACUCCAUUUUAAUUGAGGGCUAUGCUCCACCGGGUGAAUGUUGCCCUCUGCCCAGCCGCUGCGUGUGCAGCCCAGCCGGGUGUUUGCGGAAAGUUUGCCAGCCUGGGCACCUCAACAUUCUAGUAUCCAAGAGCUCAGGCAAGCCUGGGGAGUGCUGCGACCUCUACGAAUGCAAGCCAGUGUUCAGCGUAGACUGCAGUACAGUAGAGUGUCCACCAGUGAAACCUGUCCAGUGUCGAGCCGACAGUUAUGAGACUCAGGUCAGACUGACAGCGGAUGGCUGCUGCACCCUUCCUACCAGAUGCGAGUGUUUGCCUGGCCUCUGCAGCUUCCCACAGUGCCCAGCGGGGACUUCCCCUCAGGUCAUGUCCCAUGGAGACGGAACACCUGGGAGGUGCUGUGAUGUGUUCCAGUGUGUCAACGAGACAAAGGCGGCCUGCACUUUUAAUGGAGUGGAGUACCACGAUGGCGACAUGUUCAGGAUGGACUCCUGUCGCUUUUGCCGAUGUCAGGGUGGAGUAUCCGUGUGCUUCACGGCGCAGUGUGGCGUCCUGCAUUGCGAACGCUACUACGUACCCGAAGGAGAAUGCUGUGCCGUCUGUGAAGACCCUGUGUACCCAGUACUGAAUUUCGCUGGCUGCUACGUGAACGGGCAGAUCCUGGCUCAUGGAGACCAUUGGCGUGAAGACGACUGCACCUUCUGCCAGUGUGUGAGUGGAGAAGCUCGCUGUGUGGCGGCCGCCUGCGGCCACAGCUGCCUAAACCCUGUUACAGUGCCAGGAGAGUGCUGCCCCGUGUGCGAGGAGCCCACAUACAUCACGAUGGCGCCCCCUGCCUGCGGCUCGCUGGACAACUGCACGCUGACAGAAAAAAGCUGCCUGCAUGGAUUCCGGUCGGACUCCGACGGCUGCCGCACGUGCAGCUGCAGAAACAGAGAAGAGCUGUGCAGCGCUCUAAUUGCCAGCUGCACUCUCAAAUGCCCUUUUGGCUUCCAGGCUGACGUCCACGGCUGUGAUGUUUGCCAGUGCCGCCCACGUCACAAGAAGUGCAAAGCUGUGUCCUGUGUCAAGAACUGCCCGUUCGGCUACAUCAAGAACAAACAUGGCUGUGACACCUGCCGUUGUAAGAAAUGCCCAGAGCUACCAUGUGACAAGUCCUGUCCAAUGGGCUUCCAGCACGAUGAGUUGGGCUGUCUGACAUGUCAGUGUAGAGAUCAGAGCUCAUCAUCUGUGGCUCCAACAGUGAAACUGGGAUCCUGCUUGUCUAUGGACGGCCGGAGGCACGAGAACGGCCAGAGUUGGCAUGAUGGCUGUCGGGAUUGUUACUGUCAUGCUGGGAGAGAAAUGUGUGCCCUUAUAUCGUGCCCUGUGCCCUCCUGUGACAACCCUACCAUACGGACCGGCCACUGUUGCCCUACAUGCCCAGAAGAGUCCAGUUCACAUAAACCAGAGCUCAGCGAGGCAUCAGUGUGUUUGGCCCCGGGCGGGGAGUACUUUGUGGAGGGAGAGACAUGGAACAUUGACUCCUGCACUCAGUGUACCUGCCACAGCGGCCGCGUGCUCUGUGAGACGGAGGUGUGCCCGCCCCUGCUCUGCCACAAUCCAAUCAGAACACAGGAUUCGUGCUGCCCUCACUGUCCAGAUGAUCCAGUCACUCCUCAGACGCCCAGUAAUGACAGUAUGCCCGGUUACUGCAGGAAUGAGGAGGGUGACAUCUUCCUGGCUGCUGAGUCCUGGAAGCCUAACGUCUGCUCCAGCUGCGUUUGUCUGGACGGAGCCAUUAGCUGCUUCUCUGAGUCAUGUCCACCGGUCAACUGUGCCCGGCCUGUGCUCAGAAAGGGCCAGUGUUGCCCCUACUGUCUAGAUGCCACACCAAGAGCCGUGUGUCAUUUCAAUGGAAAGACGUACAUGGACGAAGAGCGAUGGGACAUUGACAGCUGCACUCAUUGCUACUGUCUACAAGGCCAGACCCUGUGCUCGACUGUCAGCUGCCCCGCCUUACCCUGCCAUCAGCCAAUCACUGUGGAGGGCAGCUGCUGCCCCAUGUGUCCAGAGACUUAUGCUCCCACAAAUGUGCCCAUUGAGAAGACAGACCUAAGAGGAGACAAGCAAAAACAUCAACCAGCCUGGCCCACUCACAGCGAAAAUGAUAUCAUGCCACAGUUCAGAGGUGAAUUUGGGAGUCUCCAGAUGCCAUACUUAGAUGGCAAGACGCCAUUGCCACAUGAGAAUGCUGGUUUGCACUGGGCCUGGGUGGCACUGCCCAUACUAAUGAUGAUGCUCACUAUCGCCGCCCUGCUGUUGGUCAACCAGCGUAAGCAGUGGAUCCCUGUUCCUUGCUACCACACACCCACAAAGCCCACGUGUCUCAAUAACCAGCUGGAGUAUGUGGACUGUCAGAAGAGGACGAAAGUCCAGGUGGACAGCCCCCAACGCAUGCUCCGCAUUGCAGAUCCAGACUCAAGAUACAGCGGCUACUACAGCAUGCAGAAACCCAACAACCUGCAGGCUGACAACUUCUACCAGACGGCGUGAGAAACGGGAGAGCGAGAGAGAGUGAGUGAUCGAGAAAGAGAGAGACUGAGCCCGUGUUCGGCUGCUUAAACCUCUGCGGCACACGAACACUCAUAAAAACUAUAGAGACAGAUAAAGCCGUCAAUUCAAGCGGACAGAGAAGAGACCCUGGUAAACAAUUAUAAUAUUCACUUAAGUCACUCCGAGCAAGAAAAUACAGUAUAUAUCACACGUCAACACCCGAAAGUUUCACCGGGAGCAAGAAGCGGCACCUAUGUAACCGAACCAAACAUUAACCGGGUGUUAUUGGUAAAUUGGAGAAGACUCUUCCGGAGUAUUUUUGUGAUAGGUUGAGCAUCUUUUUUUGUGUGAGUGUGAGAUAUUGUGGCUGUUCAGGCACAAGUUGAAGGUAGUUGUGAAGUGAUUAGGACGACCGGGGUGGGGGGUUUUUUGUUUGUUUUUAAACAAUAUUUUUACUGCAUUCCUACGUUUUGUCGGAAAAGAGAGAAAAGAGCGAAACAUUUGACUGGUGCUUGUGUGAACACAAGGCUGAACCAAAGCUUCUCUGUCUGAGGUACCUGAUACGCCCAGAGAGGGCGCUGUGGGACGCUCACCUUCCCGAGACAGAGGAGACGCUGGACUGUGUAGAGAAAAGAGAGAAAAGAAAGGCGAGUUUUUGUGGGAGAUGCUACUGUAAGAUUUUGAUUUCCCCAGUGCUGUGGAUGAAUUCGACCGAGCCUUUUUUUGCUCUUAAAAGACAAAUGGAAGAUAAUGGAGUAAGCUACUCUGUGGACAGUAGAUCUUCCUGCUAGAUGAUGGAGGUGUGGUGUCUCUAUGUUGUAAUUCUGCUUACGUGUAUGAGCGUUUUCCCAUUUAACCAUCCAAACACCAUUUGUUCUUUCUCUCACAACCAAGGGCAGAUUGACUUACACUCCUAGCAAAUAUAUAUAUUUUACCGAAACAAGUUGUGAAGGGAGAGAGUAAACGCGAGAACAUAGCGAUAGUGGUUUGGAUUUGAGGCUAUGCUUUACAAGUGCUGCUUUUUUUGCUUUGAUUCUUCAAACCUCAUUUUGUAGGCAUCAAAACCAGUAGCGUCCUUAAGGAAACAUUUACCAUCAAAAUCAAUCAAUCAAUGGGCCUCUUUUGUCAAACACAAGUGGAACAAAUUUUUGUGUCAAUUGUUUGCGAAACCACCCUUAUGUAAGUUGACAGGUUAUGCAAGAAUGGUUUUACAAACGGUUAUUAUAUAUUAGUAGUUCUGUGAACGAUUACACGAAAUUACUACAUUGUCGUUAAUCUAGAUUUUUUAUGAACUAUUACUACAUAAUGGUAGUUCUAUGAACGAUUAACACAAACAUUAUGAAAAUUUUUUUACACCAUUUAUACAUAAACUUGGUCUGUAUGUGUUUUUUAAAUGAGGCCCAAAAAUCUAAUCGAGUUGGUACAGGGGGUUUGCGACAAACGAACAUGUUUUUCAUUUUCUUUAUUUGUACUUUUUCACAAAACUGCCUCCCUUUCAGAAAACUUCCUAAUGUUACUAAGGCACCUUUGUUCUGUUUUUCAACGACAAAUUUGGCUUCAAAACUCCAAAACUAUUAUAGCGGCGUAUAUGUACAUAUUAAUGCUAAACUGAAAAGAUAUUUUGUGAUUAUAUAUGUACGUGUGUAUGUAUGUGUUGGCAUGUACGUACAAGUGCGUACGCACACAUGACUUCUCUUCGAUCUGUAAGGUUCCUAGUUCAUUUUCCUAAUGAAUGUAUUUAUGAUUGAGAAAAAAUAUAAGACGGCAAAUUGAGGAUGACAGGCUUUCUGUUGCCUUUUUUGUUUGACGUUAAUUUAAAAAAGCACAGAUGAUGAUGAUACGGAAAGAUAGACAAACAUCUCAUUCUAUCCUUUUUUGUGUAUUUUUUCCCCCAGUUUUCUCUGAUCAUAGAGCUUUGCUCUUCAACAAGUUGGCUUUGUUUUGACAGGCUUUCAAGUCAAAUCCAUUUUGUUUAUUGAAAAUUGAACAGCGAAGAUGUGAAAUGCAAUUUGCUAUGUAGUUAUUAAGCGCACAGCACAUGGCAUCAUUGCUGUAGCAAAAGGAUUGGAGUGUGAACUAUCAGUCCUUAAGUUUAUUUUUAAAAGCAAAUUUAAUUCAAAGCCAUGUCACAUUGCCAUGUUAAGCGACGAAGCUCUCGUUUCGUUAUUCCUUGUUAUGAUUCCUUACAGGUGUCAGAACUACUGGAAUGUAGAUGGUUGAAGUGAGGGGGUGGGCAAGGUGAGGGCGGGGCAAUGGGAGGGCAGAGGGGUGGGGACUGUAGCUAUGUGAUAGUUUGUCUUGGUUGUAUCUUUAUCUGUAUGUGAUAUUGUUUGUAGAGCUGUACAACUUGGCACUUUUAUAUAUAGAGAGAAAAUCAACAUAUAGUAUGCGUUUCUUUUUCUUUUUUUACAAACCUGUUUAAUACAAAAAUUUGCCCUUGAUUUUUCCCGAAAACCUUGUAGAACCCUGUGCAGGGUUUAUUGGGUGAAUCUCAUGAAAUGUGUCCGCCCCUAAAUCAAACGAAAAAAUGGAAUAAAAAUAUUAUAUUUUGCAUCAAAAAUGAAA